CCUUUGUAGUACAGCCUUCCUUAGAAUCUUGAGACCUUAGAAAUUUGGACCCAUACCAGAAAUCGUGUCUGAUAAUUUUCAGCUAAUUUCAGAGUACAGUGAAUAUAAGUGAAAUACUGUGCUUUACCUAAAGAACCCAGAACAACCAGGCAGGAUGGUGCGUGACAGGCUGCAAGAGUUUCAGAGCCGGGUGGAGAAGUUCCGCAAAGAUGGGGAGCUUCAGCGAAGGGACGAGGACUCUGUGUCUGUUACCCUGUUUAUCGAGCCAGAUGAAGUCCAGCAAGAGCAACUGUUGGAAAUGUUGCAUAAGAUUGGUCCUAUGUAUUCGAAGCUGAAGGACAUUGAGAAGGGCGUGGAGGACCUCCGUGGGAUCCUACAUGAGCAUGACAAUCGUCAGCAAGUGGAGGAGAAGAUUGGCAGACUGAAGAGUGAAAUGCGGCACAUCCAGGGCGCUUUGGAGGAGGUGAAGAAAAAGCGAGAGAAUUCAAGCGGGGUGGUGCAACAUGCCGCGAGAACUCAUCACCUCUCACUUGCCAUCCACCUGUCUUUUAUGCUCGAGGAGCUCUCUGGAAUGCAGAUUGACAUGCAUGACCGGCAUAAGCAGUAUGUACGCAAGGAACUCAUGAUAACAACAGGUCAUGAUGAGAGGAACGAAGAAGAACUUGAAUCCCUCUUAGAGCAGUCCACUGAAAUCUUCACACAAAAUAUCAUCAAGGAAACGCAGUUGGCACGGCAGCAGUUGCAGGACCUGCAGGACAGGCAUGAAACUGUCAUUAAAUUGGAGAAAUCUAUAACGGAACUUUGUCAGUUAUUCCAGGACCUGGCAUUACUAGUGCACCAGCAAGGAGAAACCAUUGACAGAAUAGAGUCGCACAUGUUUGAGGCGCAGGAGAGGGCCACCAAGGCGAAAGAACAGCUGCAAGAAGCCGUUGUCAACAAGAAGAAAGCUAUGAAAAAGAAAUUCAUCCUGUAUAUGAUCGGAGCAACCUGCCUGCUUGUUGUGGCUUUGAUUAUUAUAUUCAGUUUUGUGGGCUGAGGAGGAUGAAGACCCUCCCUGGUUCUGUGCCCCUCACAUCGGUGUUCAAGAGGACGGCUAAUAAAUUGUCAGCGAGUGAUAUCUGCGUUGUCUUUUUAGUGUGAAUAUUUAUUUUGUUUAUUAUGUGGAAUAAAAGAAUAAUAGCUUGAAGGCCACUCCAUUUUGCAGUGGGAUUGGUCUUUAGGAAUGUGCGGUUGGGUUUGAAUUGUGCAUUUUGCAUUUUAGAAAGUCAAAAUAUUUACCCUGGCUGGUGUAUUAUUGAAAAGGUCAUGCAUUUUCUUUUUUCGUCUUGCUAAUUCCAAAAUCCAUUUUGUUUACUUUAUUUUUAUGAGAGUUCAAAUUGGCUUUAUAUUUUGUACUAAAUGAUAAGAUAAGAAUUAUGUUUUGCACCAAUUUAAAGAAAGACUAUAUUUUUGGCAGAAUUAUUGUUAUUAUUAACAUUAUUAUUGAUAUAUGUAUUUUUUAAAGGUAGGCUAGGAAUAUUUACCACACCAUCGAUAAUUUUGUGAUAUUAGGAUACAUAGAGAAGAGAAUGUAUGAUGCUAUUUUUCAAACUGACCAUGUAAAGAGUACUGGAAUAUUUUUUUACCAAUAUGACCUUUUAUGUUGCACGUAAAAGAUUAUUGUUCUAGGAAUCUUCCAGGUAAGAAAUCCGUAUAAAGUAUCUAAUAUUACAGUUGUAUGAGUUUGAUGAUUUGGCACAAAAGGAGUAAGCUGCCAAAAUACCAUUCUUUUGUUUUCUCCUAAGAGCAGAGGAGUAGUCUUCAUGCAUUGAUAAUGCACAAUAAACUAAUAUAGAAUCUCUGUAAGAGAAGAAUGUGUUCAUAAAUUAAUGGCAUAUAUAUCUGUAUUGAUGCAGAUUUGUUAUUAUUAUUUUCAUUAUUAUUAUUACUAUCUAUUAUUAUUAUUAUUAUUAUCAUCAUCAUUAUUUUAUGAGAUUGAACACCUUUUGGGAAAUAUUUUGAAUUUAUUUUAAUUAAUUUUACCUUUAGUCACAAGCAUGCACUUGGAUGCACACCAACACCUUUUCUUUUCUAUAACUUCCAUUUUCCUCUCUUUUCCACAUUGUUUUUCCUUUUUUUAGUCUAUGCUUUCUAAAAAUUCUUUGUCUUAUGAUGAGGAAGUAUGUAAUGUUUGUUAAAGAGCUGGAGUAAUCAUUGUUUCUUUUUUGAUUUCAUCAUUCAUUGUAUUUUCCUAUUUGUUUAUUUAUUUCUCUGAGGCAUCAAGAACUUCAUGCUUUAAACAGUUAUUAUCUGAAUCUGUUUUCUGUCUUACAAAGGAGUAUUUUACAGGGAAUAUGAAGUCAAUCAGCAAAUCUUUUCUCCAAAUGACAGUCUGUUUAUCAAUAACAUUUUAAAAAUAAUAUAUAUAUGUAUAUUUAUAAGUUGUAGCCUAUAACUUGUAACUCCGUGCCUACAUCACUGGAUCUUUUCCUUUGACAGUGAGUUAUCCCAGAACAAUUCACAAUAUCCUCAGGAAUGUAAUUUUUGUAUCCAGAUAUUCCUAUUUUGCAUUUGCUUUGCAUUACCCGGUUUGAUAUUGGUUUAUUAGAGAUUGCGGUAUUUAGUUCUCGAAUAUUGUACUGGUUGAAUAUUUCAGUUUAGCAAAAUUGAGGAUAAAAAUGAAUGAAAGAAAUGGAAAAUUUAGAAUGUAUUUCCAUUCUGUCGGCAUCUACUUCCUCUUCUUCUUCUAUAUGCCUUCAGUUUUAUUUUCUUCUCCUAUCUUGUCUUAUACUUCUUUUUAUUUUAUUUGUUCCUUCUCUUUGUGACCCAGCUGCAGUCGUUACAACUAUAUUUUUAAGACGUUGAAGUAACAGUUAUUUAUUUCACAAAAGGGCAUAGAGGCCUAGCCAAACGUGGUAUGGUAACUCCUUAGGCUUCAUACCUCAUUGUAGUUCCUGGUGAUGUUGAUAUGAUUAUUUUGUUCUUGUGUUACUUUGUUCAUGAUUUGUAUAAUGAUUCGAGUGUAUGCAGGUGUUGAAGGCAUUGUGUUUAGUGACUUCAGGUGCUCAGUGUUAGUAUAGAAUUUGUUUUGUUUAACUAUCACGAAGUCCUCUUUGGAAAGAUAACAUUUUGUACCGCCUUAUCCCGGAAAUAUUUUGGAAAGAUAACAUUCUGUACCGCAAUAUCCCGGAAACAUUGACUCAUUUUCGGGUAUGUGGUUAAUUUUUUUUAUUGUUAUUAGUGGAUAAUGGAUUUUGAUGUCAAUAUUUGCCUGGGACAGAAUGGGUUUUUAUUUUUAUUUUUUAUUUAUUUAUUUAUUUAUUUUAGAUUUAUUUAUUUAUUUUUUAAGAGUGAACCACAAUUUCUUUCAUUUUGUAUAUUUGAUAAAGCUGUUUUAUAGUAAUCUGUAUAUUUGAUGAUAAUUUAAAAGUUAGGAGGAUUUUCUUUAUUCCUUAAUUUAUAAAUGUGCAAGCAACAUGCAGAGCUCUUGUUAACUUUAUUGGUAAUUUUGAUUAUUCACCUUUCAUAUUUUUUUCUUCUUUUAAGAGAAAAAAAUUAUAUCAGUUUGUUAUAAUUAGAUUUUCAGAUUCAUAUGGCACUUUUAUAUUAUAGCAUUUACUCAAAAUUGUUUCAAGUUUAGAUAUAAGGUUCAUAUUGGCAAAUUUGUAAAGAUAGGAAGAUGUUCCUAUAGAAGAAGGAAAAAUUAUUAUCUUAAUUUUAAUGAAGAAAUUAUUUGAGAUUGGUGGAAUUUUAAGAAUUAUAACUUUGCAUUUUUAAGCCAAUAUUUUGGUAAUAUAUUUGAGUUUCUCUAUUGUCUAACCUAAAUACAAACAAAACUUCACUUCCACAAUCAGACAUCACCUAUUACACGUGCCUUCAAAAAUAUUGUGCCUUUUAUCUUUUUUCAAACACAAAAUAAUUGGGUGCUUAAACAGUAAAGACCCAUUCAUUUGCUUUUAAUCUCAAUAAGUGACACUUGGAGAGAAUUAGAAAAGUGAUAUGAAAUUCUUCCUAUCUGAGAAAUACUGUAGCAGAUAUGCAGGAUUUUCUGCAUAAGUAAUUGAAAGUGCAUGUGUUUUCCAUUUACCAUUUCUCAUGUGUGGUUUCAUGCCCUGUAUGUGUAUGUGUAUAUUUGAAUGAAUGUAGCUGAAAAUAUGAGACAUAAAUAGUAUUUGAUACAAUCUAUAAUUUGAUGUUUUGUUUUACAUAUGUGUAUAUUUUAUGAGAUAUAAGAGAGGCAACUGGUUUGUGAUCGGGCGGCAGCUUUUAUAAACCGUUUCAACCAGUGGAAAUUUUCCGUUUGGCUGCUUGAUUGUCAAUGUAUGAAUUAAUGUUGACAUAUAGAAUUUAUCAUUAUUUUUCUUUCUUUCUGCAGAAGGGCUUGGUUAAAAUAUUGGUUAAUGACUAUCAUACUUUAGAUGUUAAAACACAAAUAUGCUACAAUUGUGUUUCAGCUUCCACAUUUAUAUAUAUUCAUUUGUAGCAAAUCUGUUGGGAAAUCUAGAAAAUAUAGUAUUUAUGAUAAUGAAAACCAUCCGAUCAAAUGUGAAAAGCAGCAUAUUUAUUGCCUUUUAUGUCACCAGCUUCUUCCUAAGACAUGAUAUCCAUGAUAUCCACAUCAUUCAUUUAUUUGCAUGCUAAGGGUCAAUGUAGCAUGGUAGUAAAAGGGUUAAUGUAGAUUUAUAUUUGCACUUGUACUAAAUAAUCUGACUUGGCUAUACAAGGGACCAAAGACCUAAAUAUAAGCUGGUGCCUUAAUGUGUAGUUAUUAAUGUUUCAUGAAUGACUGAAUCAUGCAUGUAUGGUAAUAAUGCAAUAAAAUGUACUUAAUCCUGAAAUACUUAAAUGCAUUUGUGAUGAAUUAUAUAAUGCCUUGUUUUUGUAUCGUCAAAUAAUUAAAAUUGGAUAUAAUGGAA